AAAAAUAACAGUAUAAGAAAUAUGCAUUUCUAUUUACCUAACUAAGUACUAAAGCAAAAAGUACACAUCUACGUACGUACUUAGUAUCGCGAUAUAAAGUCUACUACACAGACCAGUCUACUAUUCACCUGCUUCAAAUUAAAUGCAGAUGCAGUGCCGUACAGUCGUGAUUAAAUAAAUAAUUGGUAACAUGUUCCACGGAAAAGUUGUGCUCAUAACAGGGGCCAGUUCUGGCAUAGGAGCCCAAACGGCAUUGGACUUUUCGAAACUAGGAGCAAGUAUAAUUAUCACUGGAAGGAACAAAACCAAUUUAGAGGAUGUUGCUAAAAAGUGCGAGGAGUUGUCACCAGAAAAACUGAAACCUUUAACAGUUAUUUGUGACAUAAAUAAGGAAAGCGAAAUUGAAAAACUGAUAGAGGAAAGUUUCAAGUGCUUUGAUCGACUGGAUGUUCUGGUUAACAAUGCUGGUAUUCUCGGUUCAGGAUCAAUAGAGAAAACUACAUUAGAGCAAUUUGAUAAUAUAAUGACGACCAAUAUGCGAAGUCCUUAUUAUUUAACCAUGUUAGCAGUUCCCUAUCUCAUAAAAACGAAAGGAAAUAUAGUAAAUGUAUCGAGUGUGGCUGGGCUACGAUCGUUUCCAAAUAUUCUUGCAUACUGUGUAUCAAAAGCUGCUUUAGAUCAAUUUACAAAAUGUGUGGCAUUAGAAUUGGGUCCGAAAGGAGUUCGAGUAAAUGCUGUUAAUCCAGGAGUAAUUAUUACGGGAAUUCAUCUCAGAGGUGGCAUGAAUGAACAGGAAUAUGAGGCUUAUUUGAAAAAGUGUUCUGAAACGCAUGCUUUAGGUAGAGCGGGCGAAGCAAAUGAGGUGUCUUCAGUAAUUACAUUCUUAGCAAGUGAUGCAGCUAGCAACAUAACGGGAGCGACGCUGCCUGUAGAUGGUGGUCGUCAUGCUAUGUGUCCACGGACUUAAAAAUAAACUUCCUUAGAUUUACUAUCUCUUAUAGAUUUAGAAUGCUAUUUAAAGAAUGGGUCACCGGUCAUGCCAAAUAUCUCAUUUACUUUAGUGCUUACGUUAUCUUACAUUGGGAGAUAUCACUAUGUCUCCUUGAACAUAAUUAGGUUAAUGAUAAAAAUAUAAUAUAUAAUAUGUUAAAUAAUUGCAGCCAAGAAAGAAGUAUGUUUUUAUUUUUUAGAGUAGGUAUUGCACACUGAAAUAAAUCGUAGUCAGUUAUUACAUAUAAGAAUAUUUUACCUCAAUACCUCCACGAAUGGAUAUUAUAGAUCAAAUAAAAGGCAUGCAGUAAAUAAAUAAAAAAAAAAUGUUAUUUCGUACUCUUUAAUGCUCUUUAAUGGAGAAAAUAAAUAAUUUAAAUA